GCAGAGCCCACCUCUGGCUCACAACCACUGACAUUUAGACUCCGGGCUUCAACCUGUUUACAAGCGGGCUUUCCAAAGGAAGGGGGGGUGGGGGAGAGGGCCCAAACAAAACACCAGCCGCCAUCCCCCUCCCACCCCACCCCCCCCAGCAAGAAGCGACUUCUCUGGAGGCUUCAAAUCAACAGGCACCACCAAAAAGAGCAAGGAAGAGGGGAGAAGAAAGCCAGCCGCGACCGGGCAGCUGCCUGCAGGGCUGACAUCCCCAAAGGGGGACACGCUUUCUGAAGUGACCAGCAGAGAGGGACCCAAAGGUGUCCACCGCGGAGAGGCGCAGAGAUCUCCCCUCCACACUCCUCCCACCCCCUCGAGGUUUUGUUCACCGUGCUGUCAUCUGUUUUUCAGACUUUUUGUUUGUGUUUGGCAUCUAACAUGGUGAAGAAGGGAGUGAAGAAGAGAACAAAGUAGCUUGGGGGAGCGAAGAGCGCCGGUGACCAGCUCCGCCGGCCCGCGCUGCCGCGGCCACCCACGUCCACUCUUCGCCGGCAGACCCACGAGGCUCAGAGGGGCAGCGGAUCCGCGCACGGAGCGAGCAGAGGCAGCCGGCCCCUCCGAGGAGUUAUGGAUGUAGGUGCAUUCACUUCUGGCCAGAUCCGCGCCCCGAGGGAGCUAACCAGCAGCCACCACCUCCAGCUGUCUCCUUGCCUCGCACCGGGUCUCACCCUUCCAGUAUGUUCCUUCUGAUGAGACAAUUUCCAGUGCCUAGAGCUUCAGUACAAUGUGGAAAUGGAUACUGACACAUUGUGCCUCAGCCUUUCCCCACCUGCCCGGACGCCGCUGUUGCUGCUGCUUCUUGUUGCUGCUCUUGGUGUCUUCCGUCCCUGUCACCUGCCAAGCCCUUGGUCAAGACAUGGUGUCACCAGAGGCCACCAACUCUUCUUCUUCCUCUUCCUCCUCCUCCUCUUCCUCCUCCUUCUCCUCUCCUUCCAGUGCCGGGAGGCAUGUGCGGAGCUACAAUCACCUCCAAGGAGAUGUGCGCUGGAGAAAGCUCUUUUCCUUCACCAAGUACUUUCUCAAGAUUGAGAAGAACGGGAAGGUCAGCGGUACCAAGAAGGAGAACUGCCCGUACAGCAUCCUGGAGAUAACAUCAGUGGAAAUUGGAGUGGUUGCUGUUAAAGCCAUUAACAGCAACUAUUACUUAGCCAUGAACAAGAAGGGGAAGCUCUAUGGUUCAAAAGAAUUUAACAAUGACUGUAAGCUGAAGGAGAGGAUAGAGGAAAAUGGCUACAACACCUAUGCAUCCUUUAACUGGCAACACAAUGGAAGACAAAUGUAUGUGGCACUGAACGGAAAAGGAGCCCCAAGGAGAGGACAGAAAACACGAAGGAAAAACACCUCAGCUCACUUUCUUCCCAUGGUGGUGCACUCAUAGAGGAAGGCAAUGUUUGUGCAUGUGGUAGAACCAAAGGCUGUUUUGCCAAGGAUAGUUGGUACUCUUCAUGAAGACAGUAGCUCAAAAGGCAAAGACACAUGGCAGAUGUUUGCUCGCAUAAACAAAAAGAAGCCUUUCAAGCUUUUUGUACUCACUGCUGACAUAUGAUGUUCUUUAAAUUAGUCCUUUGUCAUGCCUUAUAAUCAAGAAGUAGGCAGAUCAAAUGGGAUAAAAGUUACUCCCAAGCGAACAAUAUUGUGGCUGGGUUUUUGGUUUUUUUUUUUUUUUUUCGGUUGUUGUUAAGCUUUGUUCUUGUUUUUGAACCUCUGAGAUAGAACUUAAAGGACAUGGAACAGUCUGUAGAAUGAUCUUCGGGAAAGUUAUUUAUGGAAUACGAACUCAUAUCAAAGACUCUCAUUGCUCAUUCAAGCCUAAUGAUACAAUGAGCAGAAAGACAUACAAGCAUUUUCUGGAAAGCACGUGGGCCAUAUCAUAUGCACAGCCAAAGGAGCUUUGGGUGUGGCACUAUGGAAGAAUUGGAUAGGAUUAAAACGCAUAAACAUGUUAGUUGAAACUGUUCUAACAAUACAAAUAGUGUGGUAUGCUUGUGCAUUCUGCCUUCAACCCUUUCUAUUUCUUUCUAAGUUAUUUAUUUAAUAGGAUGUUAAAUAUCUUUUGGGGUGUUAAAGAGUAUCCUCAGAAGCUGCCCGCUGAUAUUAUACCCUUUUCUUUCUCCUGAGCACACCACAUGCAUGUUCAUGACAAAGUGUUUUGACAACUUGGGAAAUACAUCAAAAAUAGAUGAAAUUAGGGAAGCCGUAUGAAUGCCCUGUGUGCUAUCAGUGGACUUGAUUUGCACUUCUGCAACAAGAACCAUCAACAAUAAACCAAACAAAAACAUGGCUUGACUGAGAGAUGGCUACCAUCAUUUAAAAACAGACAUUGCUCCAGAGGCUUCCUUUCAAUGAAAUAGAGUGGAAGGCCAAUUCCUUCUCAUUCAGUCUAUUUAGUAAUCUCUAAGAAUAUACUGAAAGAAGGAAAAGUAAUGGAUAAGCAUGUUUUAAUAGACUAGCCUCAUUAUUUACUGAUGAUCUCUUCCCAUACAUCACAGUGGUAAAUGAUGAAGAGGUUUUAUGCAUAGAUAAGAAACCUGUGUGGAUCUCACAUAAUGUGUCUCCCCAAAGGUACCAUUAGGAAAUUUGGCAUGAAGUGCAGCUGUCCCAGGGGCUUAACCUGAGCAAAUAUAUCCUGGCAUGUGUGUAACCAUAUGCCAAAACCUGUUCAACUUGUAUGAUCUAGUCUUUAAAAACCAAAUGAAACUUACUUUCUGUAAAUUUAAAGCGCUUUAGAAGGUUUCAUAAUGUAAUCAUAUUGAAAUUCAUUUUGUUAGAGCAGGUAUAGAAAACAGCGCAUAAGAGUUUAUCGGUCAUCAUCACAUUGUAUUCCACUAAAUAAAUACAUAAGCCUUAUUUGCAGUGUCUGUAGUGAUUUAAAAAAAUGUAGAAAAAUAUUAUUUGUUCUAAAUACUUUAAGUGAUAACUAUAAGAUUAUAUUGAUGCUGCAGUUUUAUCUUUAUAUUUCUUGUUUUGAAAAGUUUGCUUAAUUUUUAUUGUCUGGACCCAGUAUUUUGGUACAAGGAAAAGGCUUACCACAUGUGUCUUUUUUUACUAAAAUGUUAACUUCUAGAAAGGUUGGUGUUUGUGAUUCUCUUAUAACUUAUUUGUGUCAAUGCUUAAUCAGCACUCCCAGUAAACUUAUUAUAUUUUAAAAAUUGCUUUAUUAAGACAUUUUCUCAUAAAACUUACAUUUUUCUCAUUCCUUAAAAAAGUGGGUACUUCAAAAGAAAUGCAUUUGAGGCACAGUAUUUUGGCUUAUGGCUAAAGUAGCAUUUCAUGGUAAUUUGCUUCCAACUUGCUUUUUGACAAAUGGGAUUCUAAAAAUGGCUAAUGAUUAUGGUUGGAAUAUUGCAUGUUAAAAUUCAUGGUAACUGAGUCUGGGAGUUAUAAUGUAAAAUGCAUUCCUGAAGAACCAGAUAUUUUCUUCAUUUUUUUUUUAAAUAAUGAUUGUACCUGACACAUGAACAUGGACCACCCACACUCAAAAUUAAAUGUUUGGCGAGACAAAUAUAGUAUUAGAUGACCACAGUAACAGCAAAUAGGGUACAAACUGGAUUCUGAUUUCACAUAACCAUUUAGAUUACCAAAGAGACCUUGUAUAAACAAUCCUCUUUAUAGGACUCAAGACACCAAAACAGCUUCUAGCAAAAUGUCUCGAAGCUUGCAAAAGCUCAAAAUACAAAACAUCUCCUUGCCUUUCCCCUGACAUCCACCAUCCCACAAACACCCUGAUGGAGAUCAUGACAGGAAUAGUUUGACACAGAUUAGCAAGAAUCUCCUGCAUUUAAAAAUGGCACCUCUGCUAAAUAUUGAGCUAUAAUUAACUCUCGUCCUCUUUGCAACUACUGAAAGAAAAGCAGUUCCAGCCCUGACUGUUUUAGGUUUAAAGAAAAGUAGUGACUUUUUUGGGCACUCUGUCUCUGUAAGCAUGGGGAACAGGGGGGCUUGGCCUAUCAAGUUCAUGUGCAUCUCUGUAUGAGUGUUCAUCUGAGGACAGUACUCAAAAAGAUACAGAAUCACUUCCUCUCCUACCUCCCAAAAGGUUGAAUGGUGUACAGUAUGUUACAAUUAAAUAAAAACAAUAAAAAUACUGGGAAAAGAAAACAAAAA